AUGCAUGUGCGCCUCACGCCGUGGGCACCCAGCGGUGCACUGCUGGCCGUGAGCGGGGCACUGCUGGCUGGACGACGGCGAGGAAGCUCGGUUCAAUGCAGCGAGACGUGCGGGACAAGCUUCAUGAGACCCGCGGGUCCGCGCGGCGCCGGGCGUGGAUUAGUCGUGAGCCGCGCCGUGCAGCCUGGGGAGAUCCUUCUCAAGGAGAGAGCCGUGUUGGACAGCACCUGCUCCUGGCAACUCAUCCAGCAGAUCUUCCCUCUCGUGGGCCCAGUCCACGCACAGCCCAUUUGGGCCUUGUGUGCCAACUGGGUCGAAGGUGGCGCGAGGUCGCUGGAGGACUUCUACCGAGGAGAAGCGCCGGGCGCGGGCGACAUGUACAGGCAGCACGCCAAAGAAAUGCGUGGAGCCAUGGACGUGCAACUGCAGAGCGUGGUGUCAGAAGACUCGUUCGCAGAGUUCUUGGAGAUCGUCCGCUUGGAUGCACACAUUGUGCGCGACAAAGGACAAACUGGUUUGGGCCUUUUCUUUUGGUUACACUUGGCCAACCAUAGCUGUUCACCGAAUGCUUUCUUCCAGACACAUAUGGAGCAGGGCCGCGCCUUUGCGGUUUUAAGGGCUUUGCGGCCGAUGGAGUUUGAGGAGGAGAUCUGCAUCUCUUACGUGGACGGUGUGCCACACUACUUCAGCCCCGAGCUGUGCGGCAGAAGGUGCUCGAGAACCGCUUUGGCUUUCGCUGCCGCUGUCCGCGCUGUGAAGACCACUCAUGAGACGCAGGAAGGAGGGGAAGCGAGCGGAGAAGCUCGCCGAGCGGAACGGCCCAAGCGGCGCCCAGACGACCGAGGAUGGGACGAACGGAACGUGUACGAGCAAAAGGCCUUCGCCGCGUCUCACCUUCGUGUGGAUCCCGGAAUGCAGCCCUGGGGCCUUCCGGCCGGCCGCCCAUCGAUUCUGUCGCCGGGCGGGCCAGUCGAGGAGGUCACACGGCAUGCGGACCGUGUUUCACCAGGCGGAGAGCGGAGACCGCAGCUGCCCGUGCAGCCCGCCCAGAGGUGCGUAGAAGACGCCCUGGUGGAGUAUGUCCCGCUCUCCGCAAGAGGUUUCAUCGCCUCCGUCGAAGAGCCGACCACGGCGCCGGCGAGCAGAGUCGAGGAAGUCUCUGGAUCCGAUUGGAGUCCGUUCUUGAUCCCCGGUGUGCUUCCAAGAGGACCCGAUCCGCGGGAGCUGAGUGCCAGCCGCCGUGCGUCCGUGGAUUCGCUGGGGGCACAGUUGACCAUUCUUGAUUCAUCUCCUGUUCCCGCAAGCCAUGACAUGGCCAUCACAGGGGAGCCUAGCUGGAGGGUCACCGCGAUCUGCGGCUCGGGCCAAGUGCUGGUGGGCGAGGAGUUUCACCCCGAGCUGGGAGACGUGGUGGCCUGUGUGGGUAAUGUGAUGCUGCUGAAACAUGGGCAGCAAGUGUUGCUCUGCAGAUACCCGGCGUAUGCCCAGAUGGUUCGUGUUCAAUACUUCUGCAAUCGCUUGAAAUCGCAAGGCGACUGCCAGCAGUUCUCCUCCGACUGGCAAGUGCCGCUUCGACAAGAAGAAGCCUUCAUGGACUCCUUGGCGUCCUUCUUAGACUGCCGGUUGGCCGCGGCGGCCAGGAGCUUGGUCCAGCCUGGAGUGACUUACUCUUCCUCUGGGCUGCAAUCGACCAGUCUGCACCUUUGGCAAGACGCUUGUCCACAAAGCUAUGUGGCUUCUUUGACGACUGCUGCCAACAUGUGGAAAGCCGUGAUCAAUGGCUACAGCGGCGGGCCCUUACUGGACCUGGUGCAGGUGAAUCGGUCUUUGCCUCCAAGCAACUUCGAGUUGGCGAUGAGCAACAUGUGCAUCGUGCCCGAGAAUAUGAAGUCCAGUGACGGGCAUUUGUUGGAGUUAGGUGCGUGGCUCGGCAGCUGCCCUGGUCGAAGCGACCGAGCGAAAGCCAUGUCCAGCACUGCCGGUCGCCCUCCCAGCCCCGCCACACCGCGAGCUCGCCUGGGAGGAACCUGCUCCUGA